AUGAAGCUUUGUGCAGUCUUGUGCUUCUUGGCGACUGCACUUGCUGCAAAGACGCAGCCCUCACAGGUACAGGCUUUGGUGGGCCGCUUGCAACCAAAGGAACUUACCGAAGAAGAAGUCGUCGAGGGAGCUCUUGCCGAGAACGCCUCCCAUAGCGAGAAGAAGAAGGAGAAGAAGCAGACGGAGAAGGAGGAGAAGAAAAGGAGCGGCCCGGUGCUUUCACCUCCAAGGAUGCCUUCCCCGGGCCCUGGGGUUGCUGCACCUGCAGCCGCCCCUGCCGCAGCACCUGCAGCCGCACCAUCCACUGCUUCAAUGGAUUCCCAAAAGACUCAACAAGCACAGUGGUUUUCCUGGUUGCCGCGGUGGUUAUCACCCAGCCAGAUCUGGGAAUCUUUUUUCGGCAAAGCUCAACAGCACGCUCCGGCGACGCUUGCAGAGAUCAAGGGUUUGGAUGCGUCCAUUUUUGCGCCGGCUCCCUUCCGAAAAGAGUCCACAGAAGAUCCGACCUUCGCACCGGCUCCACCACUGAAGCAGACGUUGCUGGUGGAACGGUCAAAGAUCUCGCGCAAGGUCGAUGGCAAGGGAGAGGUUGAGGUUAGCUGGUGGUGGUGGUGGUGGCCCUUCCAGUCAGAGGAGCAAACUCCUCAGAAGGAAUCUGUAAUGGAGGAGUUGCGGGCUGGUGCUUUGGCCGGAGAAGUGUCCAUGGCCGAAGUGGCACCGAAGAAGUGA